AUGCUCCGAUCAGCUUUAACUAUUCCUCGCCUGACUGUGCGUUCAUUUUCUUUAUCGACUCGUGCAGCUUCAGAGGCUCCUUCUAAGAAGGAUGUAGAAGAUCUUUUCUCAGAAAAGCCUCAAGAUAACAAGAGAAGUAGCUUCAGUAAAAAUCAUGUAGAAAUCGUUGGAGGUGUUGCUGCCGACCCAUUCCACAAACUCGGACAAAACAACCGAGGCUUCACAAUUCUGAAUGUCAUUACUAAUAACCGUUACAAAUUGGCUAAUGGAGAGUUCGCUGAAUCGAAAGAACGACACACUAUUACCUUUUUCGGAAAGAAAGCAGACUAUGUUGCUCAGAAUAUUAAGAAAGGCAAUCGUGUUAUGAUCGAAGGACGUCUGCAUUAUUCUGGCGGACAACUCCUAGAAAACGGAGACAGAACACCCAAACAGACACAUAUACACGGAGAUAAUAUUCAGAGCUUAGCUCCCGCCAAAAACUAA